UUUCACGAUUCUCCCACCGAACCAUUUUCUCUCUCUUCGCAGAUCUCCGAUCUGGCUUUCUCUCUGCACAUAAACCUUCGCUCGCUCGCGGUCCAGAAGAAUUGGAACAGACUGAAAAAGAUAAGAAUUCUACGUAAUCACCAUGGAUCCGCCGACUUCCUGGGACUCCCUACGGAAACAGGCACGAAAUCUUGAAGCACAGUUGGAUGAACAAAUGCAUACUUACAGGAAAUUGGUAUCGACGAAGAGCGAUGAUACUUCAAAUAAGGAUCUUGAGCCAAAUAUUGAUCAAUUAUUACAACAACUUCAGCGAGUAAUUUUGCAUAUGCAAGCUUGGGUGUCAUCUGGGGGUUCUGAAGUAUUAUCUCACACGUUGACUCGUCACCAGGAGAUUCAUCAAGAUCUUAGGCAGGAGUUUAAUCGACUGAGAUCUAGUCUUCAAGCAAAGAAGGAACAUGUUUCACUUUUGGAGGAUUUCAGGGAGUUCGACAGGACAAGAUUAGAUCUGGAAGACGGUGGUGCAUCACAAGAGCAAUCUUUACUUAAAGAACGUGCUACCAUCAGUAGAAGCACGGGGCAGAUGGAUUCGGUAAUUUCUCAUGCUCAAGAGACAAUGAAGACUCUCGUGUUCCAACGAUCAACAUUUGGUGGCAUCAACUCAAAGCUCAGCAAUGUCAGCAGCCGCCUACCAACAGUGAAUAGCAUUCUUUCUUCUAUCAAGAAGAAAAAGUCUAUGGAUACCAUCAUUUUAUCCUUAGUAGCUUCAGUUUGUGUAUUCCUGAUUUUGAUUUAUUGGUUAACAAAGUAGAAGGAAAAUUUGUGCGGUGAAAAAUGGUUGCAUCAGGAUCUUCUUCUUCAUUACAUCUUAUAUCACCAUAUCAUUGUAAGUAUCCUAUUGGAUUGUUAAUGAAUCUUGUUACUUUAACCGCGAUGAUGCGACCAAUAUAUGUUACAAUGUUUCUUAUA